AUGGUUCCUCUGCAGGAGGACAGCCAAGAGGAGGGCCUCUGCUCCAUCUGCCAGGGGCACCUGAAGGAGGCUGUGAACACUGACUGUGGACACCUCUUCUGUCGAGAGUGCUUGGCCCAUUACCUGAAGGACUGUCCCCCGGAAGCCGUCUGCCCCGUCUGCCGGGCUCCCUGUUCCGAGAAGGUGCUGGGGGAAGGCUACAUCUGCCAGACCCACCAGGAGAGGGUGAGCUUGUUCUGUGAAGAGAGCUGCCUUCUUCUGUGCUUGAAGUGCCAGGAGUGCCUUGAGCACCAGUCUCAUCGGGAGCUGACCAUUGAAAAGGCCAUCAGUCACUACAAGGAACGACUCAGCCGCCGGAGCAGGAAGCUUAGAAAGGACCUUGGGGAACUUCAGCGGCUCGAAGCUCAAGAGAAGGAGAAACUGCAAACCCUGCAGGGUCUGUAAUUUUGGGUAGGCUGUGGGAAUCACAGGCUGGAGGCUGAGCUGGAAAGCCAGCACCAAGCCCGGGGACAGCUGAAUGCCCUCCCUCAGCAGCAGCUGGACCAGCUGGAGGACAUGCCAGCAGAGAAGGCCAGAAUCUUGGCAAUAACACAGUUCGGAAGCCUGAUCGAUGAUCUGGAGAGGGCAGCCAAGCAACUGGAUGCCAACAUGCUGAAGAACAUCAGAGACUUAUUGAACAGGAGUGCUCCACAGAAAUUAGAGGCUAUUUAUCCUGAGUUGGAGAAAAGAGCCAAUGGAUCACCUCCUCCACCAUCCUCAGCAGCUCUAACCUGCUCAUCCCUGGGCCACCUCGUCUCAGACUCACCUCCGCCUCCUCUCUCUCCUUCCCCCACCCUGCCUAGCUCCCCAUUAGGUCUACUUGGUGCUUCUUCAGGUGGGUCAUCUCCUGAACAUGUCCCCCUUUCCUCAUCCCCACAGCCGUGA